CAUUGUAUCGUGGUUAGAUCAACGUUACCGUGAAAUAUUUGUAAUUUGUGUAAGAAGCGUUGUCCUUUCAAGAAGAAUUAAAAUGGUGUUUGACCUGAAAUGUCGAAGAUUCUACAAAUAGUUUGUGAAUAAACAGUAUGACCGUGCAAUAUUUUCAACCAUAAAUUGAAAUUAGACAUUUCUCAUAUACAUAUGAAAUUUAGAUUCAAGUUACCGGAAACAUAGACAAUAUUAUAAACUGGAAGAUGACUAGAAUGAAUAAUCCAUGCAAACAAAACACGUAUACCUAUCUAGUUUUGUAUCUUUUGAAGUGAUUUACAGAGAAAAAUGGAACCGACAACUUAUCUAGGUGCUUCAAGUCACCAUGUACACUGUGAAAAUUACAUAUUAAAAGAAGGUGAACCAAUCAAAUUGUUUGGAGAUAGUGAAAUCUACCCAGGGGCGGAGUGGUUGGAUAUGAAAAAUUGUUCAGGUGUCAUCGACUCAUCCACUUUCUCUCUACUACCCAAUAUGGAUUAUAUAAAUAUGGAUGGUUGCAAUAUUGAAGACUGUUUCCCUAAAGCAUUUUCACCACUUGAAAAACUGAGAGCACUGGACAUUCGUAACAGCAAAUUUCCAAUCAAAAAUGAGAUUUUCGAGGACAGUAAAAAUAUAUCGUCUUUAUCUCUUUCCAACAUGAAAAUUCCAACUUCCAACAUCUUUGGACAUCUGAAUAAUCUGGAGUCAUUGUCUUUCUCUGAAUGUGUGUUCGAACAAUUGAACAAAGAUAUAUUUUCAGGAAUGAAUAAUCUUAAAUACCUGUCAAUUUCCGAUUCUGAAAUAGGAAACAUCAGUACAGACUGUUUUGAUGAUAUGCUGAACUUGGAAGGGUUAAGUAUCAGAGACAAUGUAAUAGGAAACGUCGACUGUAGCAGUAUACUGAAACUUACUAAUUUAAAUCGGUUUUCAUUCCAUCACAACACCACUUCUUCAGAUAUUGAUUACGACGCAUUCCAUCAAUUAACUUCCCUCGAAUCAAUUUUAUUCGAAACGAGCGUAUAUAAAAGUCUCAAUUUCGACGAUUUUCCCAAUUUGAAAACUGUGGAAAUUGGAUACUUCGAUGAAGAAAAAAUGCCAGAUGAAGACGAAGUAAUAGAAAAAUUGAAACUGAAAAAUAUCACUUUCCAAUAUGUGUUUUGUGGUAAAGUAGAGUAUGAUAUGGAUGACAUGCAAGUUUGCUGUUGAAGAUGAUCAAUUGAGGGCAGCUCAUAAAAGUUUGUUCGAUAUACAUAGAAAACAUGAAUAACAUUACAAAGAAAAUCAAAAAAUAUUGUAAUAUUGAAAAUGGAAUUGUUUUGCUUUUAGUCAAAAAGAUGUGACAGCAAUAGCACCCACAUUUUAACGAAUUAUAUUUCUAGAAAAUUGUUAAACAUUGUUAAAACAUUGUUAUCCAUGCGUGAGUUCUGCGUAUAUUCACAGUAGGCACAGAAUACUCUAGUCUAAACCAAUAACUAUUGUAGUAUAAUUGCAUGUGAAAUAAGUUGAUGUAUUUCAUCAGUCCGGACUUUCAUUGUCUGAUAUAAUAUAAAUUGAUCUGAAA